GUGCAGGUCGAAAUGGCUACACCAACGCUGUGGAUGGGGAGGAGGGAGGAGGUGAGGGUGAGGAAGAGGAGGAGAGAGAGGGGGAUGGCAGAGAAGAAGGAGAAGGAGGAGGAGGAAACGACAGAGACGGAGAGUGGGAUGAGGAGCUGGACGGAGAGGACGAGGGAGCAGUGAAGAUGACGAGGACCGACACACUUCACUCCACCACGAGCUCGACAGGAACAACAAGGAAGAAAGGACUACACGCUAAGAAACAGGUGCAGGGCAGUAAUCAGGUUCAGAGGGCUCCCAGAGCGUUAUACUGUCUGAAACUCAACAAUCCGAUCAGACGAGCCGCUCUCUCUAUCGUCGAGUGGAAACCCUUCGAUAUCUUCAUCCUGUUAGCCAUCUUUGCCAACUGCGUCGCUCUGGGAGUUUCUAAACCGUUUCCUGAAGACGACUCCAACUCCACCAACCACGACCUGGAACAAGUGGAGUACGUCUUCCUCAUCAUCUUCACCAUCGAGACCUUCCUGAAGAUCCUGGCCUACGGUCUGGUGAUGCACCCCAGCUCCUACAUCAGGAACGGCUGGAACUUGCUCGACUUUGUCAUCGUCAUAGUCGGGUUGUUCAGCGUUGUCUUGGAGACGAUGACUCAUAAAUCUGGCGAGCAGGCGACCACUCAUCACGUCCCGGGGAAACCUGGAGGUCUAGACGUCAAAGCUCUGAGAGCCUUCAGAGUCCUGAGGCCCCUCAGACUGGUUUCUGGAGUCCCCAGUUUACAGAUCGUGUUGAACUCCAUCAUGAAGGCGAUGGUUCCUCUGCUCCACAUCGCUCUGCUCGUCCUCUUUGUCAUCAUCAUCUACGCCAUCAUCGGGCUCGAGCUCUUCAUCGGACGCAUGCACCGCACCUGCUACUACAAAGGAUCAGAUAAUUACGUGGAGGACGACCCCGUGCCGUGUGCGUUCGCUGGUCACGGUCGUCAGUGUCUCAUUAACGGCACAGAGUGUCGGGGGAGGUGGGACGGUCCAAACGGAGGAAUCACCAACUUCGACAACUUCUUCUUCGCCAUGCUGACUGUGUUCCAGUGCAUCACCAUGGAGGGCUGGACCGACGUCCUCUACUGGAUGAACGACGCCAUCGGGUUCGAGCUGCCCUGGGUUUAUUUUGUCAGCUUGGUGAUCUUUGGAUCGUUCUUCGUUCUCAACCUGGUUCUGGGAGUCCUCAGCGGAGAGUUCAGUAAGGAGAGGGAGAAGGCGAAAGCUCGCGGAGACUUCCAGAAGCUGCGGGAGAAGCAGCAGAUGGAGGAGGAUCUGUGCGGGUACAUGGACUGGAUCACUCAGGCUGAGGACAUGGACGAGCUGGACGAGGACGGAAACCCACGUCCGUCUCUGGGCGAUCUGUCUGAUAAGAAGAGAGGGAAGUUUGGAUGGUUCAGUCACUCCAAUGAAACCCACGCGAGUCUUCCUGCUAGUGAAACGGCCUCUGAAAACACAGUGAACAUCGACGAGGAGCACACCAACUGCUGCCAGGCCUGCUGCUCUCAGAUGAUGAAAAUCGGCUGCUGUCGCACUCUGUCUCGAUGGAACAGAGUCUGUCGCAGGAACUGUCGCACCGCCGUCAAAUCCGUGACCUUCUAUUGGCUGGUUCUGCUGCUCGUCUUCCUCAACACCUCCCUCAGCGCCUCGGAACACUACAACCAACCGGACUGGCUCACACAAGUCCAAGACAUCGCCAACAAGGUGCUGCUGUCUCUGUUCACGGUGGAGAUGUUGUUGAAGAUGUACAGUCUCGGUCUGGCUCAUUACUUCGUGGCGUUCUUUAACCGCUUCGACUGCUUCGUGGUGUGCGGCGGCAUCGUGGAGACCAUCCUGGUGGAGCUGGAGAUCAUGCCUCCUCUGGGGAUCUCUGUGCUGCGCUGCGUCCGCCUGCUCAGGAUCUUCAAGGUGACCCGCCAUUGGACGGCUCUGUCCAACCUGGUGGCGUCGUUGCUGAACUCCAUGAAGUCCAUCGCCUCCCUGCUGCUGCUGCUCUUCCUCUUCCUCAUCAUCUUCGCUCUGCUCGGCAUGCAGCUGUUCGGAGGGAAGUUCAACUUCGAUGAGACGCAGACCAAACGCAGCACCUUCGACGCCUUCCCGCAGGCGCUGCUCACCUGCUUCCAGAUCCUGACUGGAGAGGACUGGAACAUGGUGAUGUAUGACGGCAUCAUGGCGUACGGAGGCCCCGUGUUCCCUGGGAUGAUCGUCUGCGUGUACUUCGUCAUCCUCUUCAUCUGCGGUAACUAUAUCCUGCUGAACGUCUUCUUGGCCAUCGCUGUGGACAACCUGGCAGGAGGAGACGGAGACGACAAGAAGAAGGAGACUAAGCCGGAGGGAGGCGAGGAGGAGGAGGCCGCGCCAGAAGGAGAAGCAGAAGUAGAAGAAGUGAAGGUGGAGGUGGAUGAAGACACCGAGUACGAGGAGGAGGAGGAGCUCCCUGAAGGAGAAGAAGUAGACGGAGGAGUCCAGUUAAAGAUGGCCGACCUGGCUCCUCCUAAAGAGAAAGUUCUUCCCAUCCCAGAAGGCAGUGCGUUCUUCUGCCUCAGCAACACCAACCCGAUCCGUGUGUUCUGUCACUAUCUGAUCCACCACCACAUCUUCACCAACCUCAUCCUCGUCUUCAUCAUCCUCAGCAGCUGCUCAUUGGCUGCAGAGGAUCCAAUCAGAGCACACUCCUUUAGGAACAACAUUCUGGGUUACGCAGACUACGCCUUCACUUCCAUCUUCACGGUGGAGAUUCUGUUAAAGAUGACUGUCCACGGGGCGUUCCUCCAUCAGGGCUCGUUCUGCAGAAACUGGUUUAACUUGUUGGAUCUUUUGGUCGUCAGCGUCUCUCUGGUCUCCUUCUUCCUUCAUUCGAGUGCGAUCUCGGUGGUGAAGAUUCUCCGAGUCCUCCGAGUGCUUCGACCUCUGAGAGCCAUCAACAGAGCCAAAGGACUCAAGCAUGUGGUCCAGUGUGUGUUUGUGGCCAUCAGGACGAUCGGGAACAUCAUGAUCGUCACCACUCUGCUGCAGUUCAUGUUCGCCUGCAUCGGCGUGCAGCUGUUCAAGGGUAAAUUCUAUCGCUGCACAGACGAAGCCAAACACACUCCUGAACAGUGCAAGUGA